GUCUGCCGCUCGGAGGAGUCAACGGGAGUUGAACACGGCGAGGAAAGGGAGGACGGUCGGCGGUACCGAGGGUCACAGGGAUGUACAGUAAACACAGGCAGAAAAAUGCCCAAUUAUCACCGGCAAAAUGUGGACGGUUGCUCGUGUUUGUUUAUUUCCUGUUGCUGAACGGCACGCUGGACCAAGCCCGCGGCAGCUCCGCAGAACAAGGUAAGAGGAGCCGCCGAGCCCUCAAACUUCUGCCAGCGACGGUGACGGCGCAGUGGCUCUCUCAAGACCGAAGCAAGAGGGAGGCCGGAACCUGCACACAGGAGGAGCACCCAGUCAGAGGGGAAAUAGCACUCUCAUCCAAAGACCUCCAGCUGGUGCUACAAGUGGAACGUAAUCACGAGCUCUUGGGUCCAGACUUUACAGAGACCUACUACACAGGAGACGGGCAGCCGGUGACUGUGGCCAACAGCAAUUACACUGAUCACUGCUUCUACCACGGCCAUGUGAGGGGACAUCCAGAGUCCUGGGUCGCUCUCAGCACUUGCUCAGGAGUCAGGGGCCUGAUAUCCUUGAAUUCCAGUGACACCUACUACCUGGAGCCAAUCAGUGGUGUUGAUCCUCUCCACCAUUCACUGAGGAGCGCAGAGGAACUGCCAAUUAAAGGUGGACACUGUGGGCACGGCCAUCACACCACACAGUCCAACCACAUCUCCAACCUGCUCAGACAAUUUCAUUCAAGGGUUAAAAGGAACGCCUGGGGGACAACCAAGUACAUGGAGCUGUACAUAGUGGCUGAUAACACACUGUUCAAACGGCAGAAUAAGGACUAUGAAAAGACCAAGACGAGGAUAAUGGAAAUUGCCAAUUAUGUGGAUAAGUUCUACAGGGCUCUGAACAUCCGCGUGCCUCUCAUCGGCCUGGAGGUUUGGACCGACAGGGAUCAGUGUAUCGUCACCGAGGAGCCCAACGCCACCCUGUGGUCCUUCCUCCAGUGGAGACAAAAGCUGAAGUCUCGCAAGAAACACGACAACGCCCAGCUGCUGACCGGUGUGAUUUUCAAGGGGACCACUAUUGGGAUGGCACCACUGGAGGGGAUGUGCAGCCUGGAAAACUCUGGAGGCAUCAACGUGGACCAUUCGGAGCUGCCCAUCGGCGCCGCGGCCACCAUGGCCCACGAGAUCGGCCACAACUUCGGCAUGAGCCACGACCACGACGGCUGCUGCGUGGAGGCCAGCGCCGAGCAGGGGGGCUGCGUGAUGGCCGCCGCCACCGGGCAUCCGUUCCCACGCGUCUUCAGUCGCUGCAGCAAACGUGACCUGGACAGCUACUUCCAGAAGGGAGGGGGCAUGUGUCUCUUCAACAUGCCCAACAUGAAGGACCUGGUGGGGGGCAAGAAGUGUGGUAACGGCUUCGUGGAGGACGGAGAAGAGUGUGAUUGUGGAGAACCGGACGAAUGCACCAAUGAUUGCUGCAAUGCCAAUAAUUGCACCUUGAAGGAGGAGGCUCAGUGUGCUCAUGGAGUGUGCUGCGAGGGCUGCAAAUUGAAGCAGGCGGGGACCAUGUGCCGGGGGCCAGCGGGGGCCUGUGACCUACCAGAGUACUGCACCGGGGCCUCUCCUUACUGCCCCGCCAACGUCUACCUGCUGGACGGCUCCUCCUGCCAGUACGGGGUGGCCUACUGCUACAACGGCAUGUGCCUCACCCACGAGCAGCAGUGCCUGCAGCUGUGGGGCUACGGAGCCCGACCAGCCCAUGACGCCUGCUUUGAAGAUGUCAAUGCAGCAGGGAACGCCUUUGGGAACUGUGGGAAAGAUGAACCCGGCAACUACAUGAAGUGUGAGAAAAAGGAUGCAAAGUGUGGUAAGAUCCAGUGCCACAGUGCUGCCAAGAAGCCCAAAGGCACCAACGCCGUGUCCAUCGACACCACCAUCAAGACGGGCGGCGUUGAGGUGAAGUGCCGCGGCACCUACGUCUACAGCACCCAGGACGGCCAGGGGGACCUGCCCGACCCCGGCCUCGUCAUGACCGGCACCAAGUGUGGAGAGGGCAAGGUGUGCAGAGACCGCCGAUGCCAAAAUGCCUCUUUUACCGAGCUGGAGACUUGCAUCGCACGCUGUCACGGCAGAGGGAUGUGUAACAGUAAUAGGAACUGUCACUGUAAUCGCGGCUGGGCCCCACCCUUCUGUGAGAAGCCAGGACUCGGCGGCAGCGUGGACAGCGGACCUAUCCAGUACGACAGUCAAGUGGGGCUGGUGGUGGGGCUGCUGUUUGCCUUCUUGGUGGUCCUGCCUGCAGUGCUGCUGCUCUUCUACUGCUACAGGAUCAAGACAUCCUAUUACCACAAGUGGCUUUCCCAGAGAGAGAAGAACAAGAGCAACAGAACGGAGGCAUCAGUGGAGAAAGGGAAGAACGGCCAUCUCAAUCCUGCCUUUCACCUGAAGGUGGUCGGACCAAUCAACAAAGCCAGCAGCCACAAGGGGCUGCCUCACACAAGCAAAGAGGUCCUGCCUCUCAGACCGGGCCCUUCGCCGAAUGGCACCCAGCCAGUCAACAUUGUACGACCUCUGAGACCCGCCCAGUCUCCCCAUGGUGGUCCCCGGGGUCUCAAGGUGGUUCGCCCGCCUCUGCCAGCUGGCAAGCCCCCAGCAGCCCCACCUAAAUCCCCCUCAACCCCACAUAGACUGAGCCCGCCCAAGAAACCUCUGCCCCUCAACCCGACACGAUCUCCACUGUUAGUGUCUGAGCUCAGACCGUCCCCCUUCCCUCCUCAGAGGCCUCUCCCCCUCAGCCCAGCCAGAGGAGCCUCCCCCACAGUGAGUCCAGCUCGGACCCUGGUCGCCAAGCCCUCCCCGGGUCUGCUGGUCAUGAUGCCCCCGGCAGUGGGACCCAAACCUGUGGGCAAAGUCUCAGCCAUCCCCCCUCUCAGAGCUCUCAGACCGGUCCCAGGUGCCAAAGCAAACACAGCCUCGCCUCCGCCACGAAAAUGACCUUCUCCUCCAGCCUCCAGCCUCCAGCCUCAGCACCUGACAGCCUAUUUGCACUAAAGAGACCUUGGCCGGUAAACCAGAGAGCUGUCACACAAACCAGAGGAGGACGAACACAAAGUUCAAACCUGAGACACGAAAGAACAAACAGGAGUCUUACCAUUUCAGACUCCAAGAUGAAACCCCCCUCUCAUCUCCACUUUGAUCCCCCCCUCCCUUCUUUCUCCCCCUCCUCCUCCCAGCGCGCUAACAUUCACCACGACGACGCGGUUUUGCACGGAGGCCUUGCAGACUGAGACAAGUGUUAUCGCUGGGGGACGGUCACAUUUGCCAAAUGAAUUUUUUUACGGAUUAUUGUUUUUUUGUUCUUUUAUAUGUUAAUGCUGUCUGCGUAUAAACAAUGCAUUUUGUAAUGACUGUUGUUCUGUUUACAGUUUGUGUUACGUCACGUUUUAUGAUUUAUGUUACGUGCCAAAGAGGUCUCUUCAUACCUGGGGUGUGUCCCGAACGCUUGAAAAUCUUAAGUUUACCACAAGUCAACUCCUCCAUACUUUUAGAUUUGAUAAUUUAUUGUGUUGUAUGUGGAACGUCUAAAGUACAAAUCUGGAGAUACAGUGGCCUAUCUGGGGGAGCCAAUCACACAGCAGCUUCUUUUCAACCCUGUUUACAUGGGGGAGGAUUCGAUGCGUGGGACUUGCAGGACACCCCCCCGGUCGCUCAUAUUGAUUUGAAUGUCUUUCGCUGUGUGUUAUGACUUUUAAAUUGUUACAUAAAAUAUUUUUACAAAACUA